AUGAGAAUAACCAGCUUGAACUUUGCAGGCAAUAUGUGGACCGCAGUCCUCAACGCCCGCAACUCGGGCUAUACGGAACAGGCACUGCACUAUUGCCACGACUCGGAUUUCCCCCGCGACUGGGUUCGAUUGAAAUGGGAAGAGUCGUACUUUAUCACCUCGGUCGCCGGAAACGACAACUGUUGGGGCGUCGUCUGCUCCAUGAUGCAGAGAGGUAGAAAGUACAAGCAGCAGUCGUACAUUGUCGCUUCCACAUUUCCGUCCAAGUGGAUCGCCGAGAAAUGGAACUCGGACUACUAUAUUACCGCCAUCGCCACUCAGGGCCGCUUCCAAAUGCAGUGGUGCGUUGUCAUGUCUCGGGGAGCCCCAUUCAAGGACCAGUGCGUCGAGCUCGACUUCCAGUAUCCCUCGCACUCGAUCCAUGCACGCUGGGAUGAAAACUUUAUGAUCACUGCUGUCGCAUGCACUCAAGAACAGUGCGCCUUUGUCUUGUCACGCGGGUUAAGCUAUGGUGAGGAGCAGAGAUGUACACGAACGUCGCAUGGGCCCCUUCACAAGAUUAGAGAGGAUUGGAAUGAUUCGCUUUAUGUGACCUGCUUGUCACACGGCCGAGUGAGUUAGGGCCGAGACUGGCGGGGCAGGGUGAGGGAGGGGCGGGGGGGCGGGGUGUGUGGAAUCUUCCGUUGCAGGUAGAUGCUGCCUUCUCUGGUCCUCUCUGCGACUUGCGUCCGUCCAACCAGGGACGCCGUCGACUGAUCGACUGAUCGUUGUCAGUUUAAAAUAUCCGCCAAGUUCUUUUUGCUGAUUGACAGCCCCGGAACCACAAGUGAUACCCUCUUGUAUUGCUGUUACAAGGUGCGGAAUCACGUAUGGGGACUGGCUUGUCAAGAAAAUCUGUCGACUCCUUUUUGUUUUGUUUUUUUGGGUCGGGCGAGUUGGCAGAAGUGUCGAAAAACAGGCGAUGUAGGGGUGUGUGGGGUGUGGGCAGUAUUCUUUGGUGAAGUCGUAGUCUAGAUUAGGAAUUGAGAAUGCUUGUUAGGACGGACGUUUACUGCAGGGGGGUCGCAGGGAAAGAUAUGGUAAUUUAUCAGAGAUCUAAACAGAUAACAAAGCUUGAGCUU